AGAACAGGAGAAACCCCAAAUAAACUACCCAAAUCUGCUAGCGAAAACCAACAUCAAAGGUCUUCGCCCAAUUGUCAAUCGAAAAGCGCGAACCUUUUCGAGUUCCAUCCCUCUUAUCUACUAGAAGUGAAGACAUCAACAAACCAAGACGAUGGCUGCGAGAAUUAGCGCUUGUUCCAGGCCGAUGCGAGUCUUAGGAUUGGUCGGUGUGUGGACGAAGACGGCAAGAGGCGCAACGGAGGCAGAUCAAGCGGGGCCGCUGGUGCGCACGCGGUCAGCAAUCCUUCCUCCUUGGGAUGAUGAGCUGCGUGCGUACUUGGAAGGACGUGAAGGAACUACUUAUGAUCGCGACGCACUGCAAACAUUCUUGCUGCAGCACAUGGACAUCAUCCAGGAUGAUUACAAAGAUUAUUUAGCUGGGAAAGAGAGAACGAAGAAAGUAUGGUUUGGAAUCAAAGGAUCUAAACAAAAAAAAUUCCGUCCUGCUGCCAUCGACGUUUGUAAACCCGAUGAAACUGCGGAAAUGAAGCUUCCCCCGACUUCUCCGAUUGCUCCAGAUUUCUGCAAAGACGUUUUCGUACUCGGCGAUGUGCACGGAACGUUUGACGAUCUCCUCAGGUUGCUUGCAAAGUUACCGACAAGCGGGGGGUAUAAUUUUUGGAUGAAUUUUUGGGAAGAAGGUGAUACCGAACCUGAAGGGCGGGAAGAAGUUGAUUCCGAACGUGAUAAUUCAACCCCUCAAGCCCAACGCGGUGCUAUCGUUUUCCUCGGAGACUACAUGGAUCGCGCGCCGGUAGCUGGCGAUAGCUUUUACACCAUGCUCUUUCUCACGUGGCUCCAAGCGGCGUAUCCAGACCGCGUUGUUCUACUUCGCGGUAACCACGAGACGGAUGUGAUCGAGCAGCACUCAUAUAGUGUUAGGGAGGAGGUGGACGCUAAAACAAAAGAAAAGCGUCAGGUUGUGUCAGGCGAGAUGAAAAAAUUUAUAGGCGAUCUAACGGAGAAGAAGCUCAUAAACGAGCCGCAAUCGGAGUCGGAUGUGUUGGAAAGCCCGGAAUCGCCUGUUUCAAAGUUGAAGACAUUUCUCUAUCACGCCGUCUUUCCUCUACUUCCUGUGGCAGCAACAGUGUACGGAAAAGCCCUCGCUGUGCACGCCGGGGUGAGUAACCGUGUCAAGCCACUCGAGGCCUUGAGACAGAUCAAUUUGCUCAGCGGGCCAAAGGGGGAUAAUGCAAAGAAAAACAAAGAAAAUUGUGUGGUGUACUCUACGUCUCCCGAAGGAAAGAAGGCGCUUUUAAGUGGUGCUGAUCCGCGUUUUUUUUCGAGCAAGGAAGGCUACAGCCCAAGCUGUCCGAAUGAGCUUGAGUGGGCUGAUGCUCUGGAGAGGCAGGGCAAAACUUUGGCUGGGAAGCGUCGCUGCGGAAAUGCGUUUGAUGCUAAUGUUGCGAUAGAGUUUCUACAAAAGGAAGGCCUGGAAGUUAUCAUCCGCGGUCAUGAGCCGUCUAAGAUGAACGAGGUUGGUAUUCAAAGUAGCCUUGAUGUGGAAUUUCGAACGGAAAAGCUUGUCGGCUGGAAAGAACAAAAAAUAGAAAACGAAGAAAAACAACCGCUCGUGCUCUUCGCUUACUCUUGCCCGUUCUUCACACCAGUUGCAAACAUGAAAAAUUGGGGAUCGUUUUUAAAGCUGAAACUCCCAGCCCUCAACGAAGUCGAUGACCCGAAGCUGCAGCCGAAGCCGAUCGCUUGGUCUUAUGAUCUCGGAGCGCGUCUUCAGCGGGGGAAGAUGAUUUGGAGGACGAAACUGGAACCAGGUGGUCGUGGGUUGCGGAGAGUUGAGCUGAUAUCACGAGGUACAGGUGCUAGUGAAUGCGAAUCCGAUUUCUUGCUUCAAUUUCUGUGGAGCCGGACAUACGAAAAACUUCAUUUGUCUCGUUUGAUGUCUUAGUCUUGAGACUUGGAAAAGGAAUUGUCUACGUCUUCGACCGUGAAUACUGGAGAGGAAGUCCUUCACGGGAAAAAGCCGGCAUUGAGCUUUGAGUUUGAUCAUUUUUAUGUACCUUUGCCGAUCAGAACCGUGUCGAUUUUGAAAAGGUGCGGCUAUGUAUCGAGAGAUAGAAUUUUAAAAUACCCUUGAACAACAGGAAAAUCCGGAUACGAUCUUGCCUCGGGGGCUUCAGCGAAGAAAAACAACAAGGAAAGCGCUUAUUUGGAAUAUAUGCAGGACAUAUACGGGGAUGACCUCAAGAGGCUCAGAGAACAUGCUUGGGAGGCCCGUGCCAUUGUUGACACGGUUUUUGCGAAGCCAAGCGCAGACCCAGUGAAAGAUGAAGAGGCCGAAGGUAGCGAGAUAACUUCGGCGCGAGCUUAUGUGACUGAUGCAGAGAGAGCGUACCGUCAAGUCUCAAGUCUUCUGGACACAAUGACUGCGCCAGGACCAGAAGGGUUGGUGCACCAAGUAGAAGAACUCUGCGUCCCAAACCAGUACACUAGUGGGUUCCGCAAAAAUCAGGCGAAAACGAACCUCCUGCAGAUGAUCAAUCCCCGGGCUGGCGCAAAAGGAGAAGAAGUGGUGACAGAGGGCACCAUUUUUCAGCUUAGUGAACUGUGCGGGACGACAAAAAGUAUGGAUGAACAGAAAGAAGGCCAACAGCUUCCUGACAUUUGUGUUGAAAAGUCAGAAAUAUGGACCAAAGACGAUGCAUGCGAACGGAUUAUCAUCGCACUCGGAAAACUCGUCCGCGACAAAUUGGAUAAUACUUUCAAAAAGCUUGUUCAAGAAAAAGAGCCUGCGUUUGGGAAUACAGUCAACGAGGCUAUUUCCGGCCUCACUGAUCAAUCCGAAAGACUAAAGUUGCUGCAGAGCCUAGAGCAGAUGCACUUCAAGCGUCUAAGUGACUACAUGGAGACGCAGUUAGCGGACUCGUUUGGGCAAAUUGAAGGUCUCAGAGCGACGGUGUACUUGUAUGGCCAGGGACCGGAACCAAGAACGGAUAACAAAAAGGGAGUUGCAGCUCCGGAACCGAUCGAGUGGGUCGACACGGCCUCUGCGCAAGGCGAAGUGAGCGCAUCUAUCGAAAAGAGAAUAGGGGAGGCAGCAGAAAAACAUUUAUUGGACGCCGAACUGCUCGGCUUUUUACAAAAUCCAGACAAGUACCCUUCCGCUUCGUUUCCAAGUCAAUCCGUCAAGAAGAGACUUGUGAGAAACAUUGAGACGAUUCGUAAAAGCUACGAGGAGUAUUUGAAGAAACAACCGAAAGAGACGGAUAUUGCCGUGGAUCUAGACCACGAGAUCGAGUUCGGGACUGAUGGUGACGGUAGCAGAAAAGUAACACGUCGGACGGGUGUUCCUAAAGAUAAGGAGACUACGUUCCAUCCCAUGGUGGUCGACAUUUGCUCUGGUACCGCUGGAAUUUACAAGGACUCGAAGACUCCGUCCCGCCUGGAGGCGACAUUUUGCGAUGACGUUUUCGUAUACGGUGACGUUCACGGAGCAUUUGACGAUCUGGUGAGAGUGCUGCAGAGCCUAUCCGGAGCUGAAGCACCGAAAGAAGGACAAACGUCGUACAACUUUUGGGAAGACGCCGGGCAAGGAAGAGCGAGAGGUGGAAAAAUCGUGUUCAACGGAGAUUUCAUGGAUCGAGCGCGGGUUCUGGGUGAUAGUUUCUACACGAUUCUUUUCCUGAUGUGGCUGCAAACAAUGUUUCCCGACCGAGUGGUUCUCCUGCGCGGAAAUCACGAAAGUGCAAGAGUUGCCCGUGGGAGGCCGCGGCAGGAGGAGCUAAAGACUUUCACCAAUGCUGUCGAGGCGGCGGGAAAGGACGCGACGAGUGCAGGGGAUUUUGAGAAAUUUUUGAAGAGCACCAUGUUUCCUCUUCUACCUUUUUUCGCGACGGCGUACGACAAAGCUCUGGUUGUGCACGCUGGCAUCAGCGAGGAUGUGAGACCGCUUGAGGAGUUGCGAAAGGUAAAUUUGCUUAGAGGCCCGAACAACCAGAAUAAGAGGGGAGUGCGGCUAAAAAGAGAGUUUCCCUCUGUUUCGGGGGCCGUGGAUACUGGAAGUUUCGCUACGACAUGGAAAAAUGGGGAAGAACCAUCCCGCACAAAAGUCGGAAAACCUGCCCAACUGAGCUGUUGUGGGCAGAUGUUAACGAAGGUCCAAAGCGGAGGUGCAACGGCGCGUUUAGUAAAAAGGCGGCGUCAAAUUUUCUCGAAGGCAAUGGGAUGA